CAGACUGCAGGAAGAAAAUCCAAGAUGGAGGUGGUUGAAAAGAGAGAGUCAGGUCGAAUCAAAGAUUCAGCUUCCAAAAGGAUACUCGAUAAAGCGACAAGAAAACGAAGGCAGCAGCGUCAGCUAGAAGCACUUGAAAAGGACAACACCCAUGAAGAUCCACAUGGACAUCUUAAUGUUUUACAGACAAAGAUAAGAAUCCCUGCUUUUAAUGAUACUAUGGAUGACAAGAAAAAAAAGAAAAAAUCCAAAACAGGAGAGCAUUUUAAGCAGAGAUUCAAAAGAACAUUUGCUGCACUACUUGAAGAAGCACAACAAGAACUAGAAGAAGGUGAACCAAGUUACGCUUCUGCUAACGUCCCUCCAUCAAGAUUUCCUGAAAGACAUUUCUGUGCAGUCUGUGGAUUUCCAUCAAAUUAUACCUGUGUAUCGUGUGGAGCUCGCUACUGCUGUGUUCGAUGUCUUGGUACCCACCAAGAUACCAGAUGUUUAAAGUGGACGGUAUGAACUUAUGCUCAUCGACCAAGACAUCAUCAUCAGGGCUUAAAGAUGGACACGAUAAAAGGUGUAUGUUUGCUAAUUAGUAUUAUUUAUGACCCCAAGUGCAGCAUUCUUUAAGGUUUGACACUGGGCCUGACGUGUCAUUAUUUAUGAUCGAGAUCAAGGAUUUCCUAGGGUUUCAUCCCGUUGAAAGCUUAUGCGGUACGAUAAACGUGACUUGGUUCUCAGCUAUUGCGGGUGUUGCGUGACUGAAGGAUUUCCUAAAGUUUACUGCAAUGGAAACAAAUGUCGUACGACAAACGUGACUUGGUUCUCAGCUAUUGCGGGUGUUGCGUGACAGAAGGAUUUCCUAAAGUUCACCGCACUGGAAGCAAAUGUCGUACGACAAACGUGACUUGGUUCUCAGCUAUUGCGGGUGUUGCGUGACUGAAGGAUUUCCUAAAGUUUACCGCACUGGAAGCAAAUGUCGUACGACAAACGUGACUUGGUUGCCAGCUGUUGCGGGUGUUGCGUGUGUUUUAACAUCAAGUACAAAAUCACUCGGAUAUCAAAACCAAAUGAAAAGGUUGAAAAAUUAAGGAAACUGCACGCAUUUCUUCUCGAUUGUUCAAACUGACCAGUUUGGGCAUAGUUAAUGGAGCUCCAUUAACUGUGGUUUCUGUGGGUGUUUUUACAACAUAACACAGUUACAAAGACUGAAUGAUUUGAUUAAUCAUCUCAGGAAAUAAUUUUGAAGCAGUUUCCAGUCAUUUCUAGAAAGUGUUCGAAAUCUUAAUGAACCUAACAGGAUUUUAGUUUAGAUCUUACUGAUUACUUCUCUACUACUGAAAAGUUCAUCUUUAUGAUCAAACACCGUUUGCGCCAUGAUCAAGUCUAUACUGUAAAGUGUCUUACAUUUACAUGUAUAUUUUUUUUUAUUCCAUGGUAUUUUGGAAUAAAGCUGACGUUAUGGAAUCAGAAAAUAGCGAGGUUUCAAGUGCUAGCAACAACAGCAACAAACAAAGAUAGAUAGGUCAUUGUUUAUAAAUACAAUGCGGCAUAAUAUGUUUGGCGUAAAUUUAGAUGUAAAAAUAAACCAAAAAUUGAAAAAAUAAAUUAUAAUAUAAAUAUGAAAAAUGUGUACUUCAAAGGCUAGUAUGAAUACUUAGUAUAAUUUUAGCCUUGAAUCUAGAGUUUCUCGCGCUGUGAUUGGUCGAGCGAGCGGUGAUUCUGAGACGAUAAUCACUGCUCGAGCAGUGAUUAUGAGGUUUUUUCAAAGUUUGCCAGAUCGGAAGUAAUACUAAAACGUUUAAAACCCAGAAUUCACUAAUUCUCUGUUAUGCAGCGUUAAAAAUGGGAUUUGUGAAUUUUAUUUAAAAUUUGUUUGAGUGGCCUUGGUUGAUGCAGUGUCGCACUGUAAAUAUAAUAUAAAUUUUAACACUAGAAGAGCAGUUUAACAAAAAGAGUUCCUAAAUCUGUCUUUGCGUGUAUGAGUGGUGAUUUGGGAGUACGGCCAUGACGUAUUUCCGGCUACUCAAUAUAACCUGAAUUAUACAUAAAAACAGGAUUCGUUCUUAAAA